AUGUCUUCGGUAAAGGAAUCCGAAACCUGUCUAGAUGAUUUAUCAGAUAUAGACAUAACGUUAAUGACGCUCAGGAAGCCGACGGACUUGAAGAAAGUGAUCGAUUCAGUUCCAAAGCCGGUUAGGGCGGUGCCGAAAAAUGGGCUACCGAUGUGGUUUAGGUUAGGACUCGAGUGUAAAUUGCCAGUUCCAAAAAUACCGGAGGGAAAAAUAGUUUUUUCACGCGGGAAAAUCGGCGAAGAUGUACGUCGUCUGGGUCUUGGAGCCGAAUGCGUCCGUCCAAAUUUUGAUCUAUCAGAUCCUUACUGUAACAACGUUUCGUAUGACUACGUGCCGAUGCACGACCCUCAUUUGGCACACCACUUUGCCCAGAAAUCAGCCAGAAAUCGAAUGAAGUUUCUCGGAUUCUGUACUAAAGACGGAAGAGCGGUGUGUUCACUAAGAGAAUUCAAUCAGUACAGGAAAUACUUGUAUAAUCAAUUUAUGGAUAGGAUCCACGUGGAGAUAAAAAAAAUGGAUGAAAGGGCUCGCGACGAUUUAACUCUGAAGCGCGUGGAAACCGAUGUCGCCCGGCGGCUGCAGAUCUUCACAAAAGCGGAGAAAGCGAGGGAGCAUUUGGAGAAGGUAGCACAGGAGCACGCUGAUGAAUGGGCUGAAAAGAAACGACUAGCAAAAGAACAAGAAAAGAAAAUACAAGCUCGUAUGAAGUAUUUAGCGGAAUACAAUGAGAAACAGCGCAAGGAGAGAGCCGCUCGGGCUUUCGAAAAACAAAACCGGAUCAAACAACGAGUACAGGCAGCAGCUGAAAUGGAACUACGAAGGAAGAUCACGAUGGUGCGACAAUGGAGAACGAAUGAGAGGAAACGAUUAAAUAGAGUCAAGAAAGAGCGAGAGGCAAAGCUAAAGAGAUUGGAAGAGGAGGCAAAUAGCAAAUGGAAGGCAAGAGUCGAAGCGCAGAAUCAAAAGAUUCAAGAAGAAGCUUUGCUACUAAAACUGUACACUGAAGAUAUGACGGCAGGAGCCAGAAGACGAGCAAAGAAGGCCGAGAUUUAUGCUUACAACACGGAUUUGGAAUUGCAGCGGAUAAGGUUGGCCAACUGGAAGCUUAUUCACGGUGGGACGGCAAAAGUGGCUCAGCUCGUGAAGAAAAUGGGUGUGGAAUUCGAAAAGUCAAAGCGAGGCGCAAAAGGAAUGAGUCCAGAAUUAGCUCAACGUCUUGCCGUUGAAGCGAUGUCGACGGCGGUGUCGACGCAAGGCGAUGCUCUAAUGACACUGGGACAGGCUCGUGCUAGAAUGGACAUGGAGACAGUUCUACCAUCAGCUCCGAUUAAAUUACUUGAUGAGAUGCUAGAGGCGGCGGUUAGAGAAUUUGCACGUCGUCGAAUACAUCGUCUACUCAGGGACGUGGAGCGGAUGGUAUUUACUAAAGCGUCACAAGUAUUCUUCAGGAACUAUCGCCCGACCACCGAAAAGAAACGUACAAAAAUGCCUCGCUGGUCUGUACAAGUCGCGGCGGAGCUGGCCCGUCAGUAUAUAGACGUCCACGGCGGUGGGGGAUCCAUAUGCUUUGGAGAUAUUACCAAAAUUGCCGCCGAGACUACUGCUGAAACUGAAAUGAAGGCGGUUAAGGAUAGACUUCCCACUCCCGUGCCUUCAAUGACGAAAUUGGCUGAAGUGACGUUUACGGAUCGUGUCGAAGAUCUUCCCGACCCGGUCGCGGUUGGAAGCUAUUUGCCAGAGAGAAAGAAACUUCUUGAGAUGAUCAAUGCAGCAGCGAAGCUGUUGUCAAAAUCAGUAAGUCAGAGAGUGCAGAAAGGUAUGGAUAUAACCAUAGGGAAAGUGACGCUCCCCCACAUGAGGAACCCGAUGGAGUGGGGUGAAGCUGUAGAAGGACUAGCAGAAGCCGUGAUCGAUAGCAGAGUAAAUGCUGAUUCGGCUGAUAUCAGACGCACGGGAUUGUUCCUGUCCCACAGGAUUUUGAGAUCAUUGCUUAUUGAUAUGAAGGAGGAGAAACAAAAAAAGAGAAACAGCUUAUCAUCGACUUGGUCGGAUAAUGUUAUUCAGAAAGACUUUUAUGUGCCUGGAGAGGUAAAGUUUAGUGCCAAAGAAGCUAAUUGAAAAAAUGUUUCCGGGAAAAGUAAAGAUUUUAAUUACACUGAUGUUAAAUGUUGAAUUUUAUAAUUGUUCGAUCUUUUUUUGGAAUUUUUACUCGAUCGGGAAAAAAUUUACUUUGAUAGCUUUGUUUUCUAUUAUAGAUG